GGGGCUUCACAUAUAACCAAGAUGGACAAGUGUCUUUAUCGUGCUUACGCAGAGAUAAAGGGUGAAGUGUUGCUUAACCAGGCAGUCCUUAAAAAACUCGAAAUAUACUUUUCAAAUAGGAGGAAAUCAGGCGGGGGUGAUUGUUUCGUGGAAUUUGAGAAAGAGGACUCGGCUACCAUUGGGUUCAAAGAAGAGGAGGUGUUAAAGAGGGUUCUUGCCAACACGCAACAUGAAAUCACCGUUGACAACAAGCAAUUGAAGAUAUACCUGACGGAGAAGAAAACGAAGGAGUCAGGUGUACCACCUUCAUCUGGUACUAGUUCAUCAGGUGUACCACCGUCAUCUGAAGUAAAGAGAACUGAAUCCCAGUUUCAAGAUCCUCAACAUGAAGGUGCCAGUGCUUCUGGCUCUACUGACGUUCAGGAGGAGAUGGCUGAAGACAUCUAUCAGCCCAAAGCGGUUGUUGUGGAGAAAAUCUCAGAAGACGUGACCAGGGACCUUCUGGGACUGAUGGUGGAGAACAUCGCUGGUGUCUCUGAGGAUGAAUACGCUAUGGAGCUGAUCUACGAGUCUCAUCUUGCUGUUGUAACAUUCACUAACCCUGAUGAUGUGAAGAAAUUUCAGACAGAAGCCAAGCGCAACAAAAAGUUUCAGAACUACAAUAUGACUGUGAGGGUCCUGGAAAGAACCUGCAGUUUGAGGAUGGAGUGUCUGCCACCUCAUGCCAACAAAGACCUGCUAGAACUCUACUGUGAGAAACAGAAAGUUGAAGUAAAGAAUGUUUUCAUGAUACCAGAGGAAAAUGCAGCUGUUGUCACAUUCCAAAAGCCUGAAGAUAUUGUGACUAUGCUAAACACACAACACAAGAUCAGCAAAGUUGAAGUCCGCAUCCAUCCAUACUACGAGUCACUAGGCACAGCGCUGUAUGGUAAAGACAGACCAAGAUGGAAGAUUCCAGACUCAUUCACUGUAAGCAUUCACCCAGCACUACACAAGUUUCUCCAGAAGAAGAAACUUACAUCUCACAUCAAUGACCAGAUGCAGGCACACCACUGCCAGGUGAGCAUGAAGAGCACAGACCUUCGGCUCAGCCCACUCCCAACCCUGCUGAAGAUGAAGGGACUCACAGCCAAACACAUAGACGGCUGGAAGGAGAACACCUUAGAUGCCCUCCACCAGAUCAUGUCCAAAUAUCGAACACUUGAGAAGAUGAUGAACUCAGAUGUGUGUAGCUCAGUGGCCGAAGAGCUGCUACCAAUGCAGGACAAUGUUGUCAUGGAGAUGGAUUCCAUUAAAGGACAGUUAACAUUGGCAGGAAUGACGAAAGAUAUAGAUAACCUGGGACAUAUAGUGGAUGGCAUAGUGAAUAAGGCUACAAGUAAGCUUGAGCGGGAGAGGAACAGUGUUGAACAGGACAUGGAUUUGCCUGCUGACCUGUUUAAACUCCUGCAGCUUGAUGGCCUAUCACAAUUCAUCACAGCCUCCUGCCCCCAGGUUUCGCUCAAUUAUAAAUCCAGCAGCAAGAAACUGGCUCUCUCAGGCCUAAACAGUGAAGUCCUAACUGUGAAGACCUGGGUCCUUGAGAAGAGAAUGCAAAUGAAACAAUUGCCAGUGGAGCUUGACCAUCAUAUAGUGGAGUUCCUAAUGGCAGUGGACAGUGAGACGAUGUCUGAUCAUCUCUUCUUCUCCCGUGGAAUCCAUGCCAUUUAUGUGAUCAAAGACAGAUCUGUGGUUUUGACUGGAAGCUCAGAUAGAUUCCUGAAUGAGUCUAUGGGGAGGAUGAAAGAGAUGUUGACUUUCAGGGUCCUCACUGUUGAGGAUCAGGAGGUGCUCAGAAAGUCAGAAUGGAAGAAUCUAAUCACUGACGUUUUGAAUAUGUUCAAUACACCCGGGAAGAUUCCACUGCUGAAGUUAUCUUCAAACCAACCUGACAGUCUAACCGUUUCUGGCUUUAUUGAACCUGUCAAGGAAGCAAGCCUGAUCCUUGAAGAGUUCCUGCAAAAUCAUGCAAGGGUUGAAGACAUUGUGAAAAUCAAAUGUUGUGCUGCUACAAGGUUUAUUGAAGAACAUAAAUCAGAGGAAUGGAAAAAAUUUGCAAAGGUUGGUGAGGUGGUGGUAAAGUUUCCUCCAAAACGUCCACGAAUCAAGCUGUCAGGAGAACGAAUUUAUGUUAAACCUGCUCUUGAUGCUUUUAAGAAGAUGGCUACCCGUUUGUUUAUAGAUGAACUGAAAGUUUGUAAGCCUGGAGCAAAGAAGUAUUUCCAGGACCAAGGGAGCUUGCUACUGUCAAUGAUGGUGAGGGAUCAUCGCUGUGUUGUUCUGCUUCAGGACGACAGUAUGUUGGAAGAGGAUGAUGAGGAUGAAAGAAGCGAUGGAAAACUCCCUCAGCAAGGCUGCUGUGAGGUAAAGAUGCCUUGUGGGGUGCUCAUUGCAGUCAGCAAAGCAGACAUCUGUAAGUUUCAAGCGGAUGCUGUUGUGAACGCUGCCAACGAAGACCUGAAGCACAUUGGUGGUCUGGCAUCAGCCUUGCUAGAUGCUGCUGGCCAUCAGCUCCAGACUGACUGUGACAGGUACACAUCCAGGCAUGGACCACUACGUCCUGGAGAGGCUAUCAUCACAGAUGCUGGACGUCUCCCUUGCAAACAUGUCAUUCAUGCCGUCGGUCCACGAUUCUCAAACACAGACAGACAGGGAUCAGUGCACUGUCUUAGACAUGCCAUCACUGAAAGCCUGAAAAUGGCAUCCGGGGCAAACUGCACUUCCAUUGCUAUCCCAGCUGUCAGCUCUGGAAUUUUUGGAUUCCCACUGGACCUUUGCACAGACACCAUUGCCACUUCUGUGCGUGAAUACUUUGAGAGGGGUCAUCACCAAGGCAAGAAUUCCCUGAACAAGGUCUGUCUGGUCAACAAUGACGACAAGACUGUGAAUGCAAUGGUCCAGGCUGUUAAGAAGGUAUUCCGUGACAUGAAUCCAAGAUCUGAGUUCCCACAACAAGCUACGUCCCGAAGAUCUACAUACGGUGGAAGUGGCGAUCAUGGCCCUGGAAAUCAGUGGGAAGGAGAGAAGAGGUGGCAAAGCUCAUCCACACAGUCACAUUCAGAAAGAUAUAGUGGGCAAGAAAGGCAGUGGAGGAGUUCAUCUACACAGUCACAUUCAGAAAGAUAUGGUGGGGAAGAAAGACAGUGGGAGAGUUCAUCUACAGAGUCACAUUCAGAGAAGCGGUCCACAGGACCAGAUACAUCAGGAGUCCUGGAGAGCAAACAGACAUCUGAAGGUGUCAGGAUACUUCUGAAGAAAGGCAACAUUCAAGAUGCUUCUACAGCGGUUGUGGUGAACACAGUUGCAGAGAACCUGAACCUCACCCAAGGAGCCGUCUCCAAUGCUCUUCUCCGGGCUGCAGGACCACAGCUCCAGUCAGCAGCCUCUAAUGAGGCCAGAGGAGGCAAGAUGAGAUAUGGGGAAAUGGUGAUUACAGAUGGUUUCAACCUCAGAUGCAGGAAAGUCUUCCAUACUGUCUGCCCUCCAUGGGACAACGGAGGUGGCAAGUCAGAAGAGGUAUUGAAGGACAUUAUAAAGGAUUGUCUGCAAGAGGUUGACACACGUAGACUGGCCUCAGUUACCUUCCCUGCUAUCGGGACUGGGAAUCUGGGUUUUCCCAAAGACCUGGUCCCCAGGAUUAUGUUGGAGGAAACCGAGAUGUUCUGCAACAAAAUCAGUCCUCAACACUUAAGGGAGGUGGUCAUCAUAGUACACCCCGCUGACCAAGAGAGUGUGGAUUGUUUCAGGAAGGCAUUCCAAGGAGGAAGAAAAAGACAGAGUAAAGGUGAGCCUCAUGGCUCCAGCAAGAAAACAGGACUGGGCUUGCAAAGACCACAAAAACCACAACAAAGACCACAACAACCCUCAGGAUUAUGGGGUCAAGUCAACACUCUGUCUUUGGGGAAACAUUCUGUGCGCAUCGGUCACCUGACCCUUGAGGUGUCAAGUGGUGACAUCACCAAAGAGAAAACAGAUGUCAUCGUAAAUUCCUCCAAUAACACAUUUUCCCUCAAGUCUGGGGUUUCCAUGGCGAUCCUUAAGGCUGCUGGCUCAGCAGUCGAAGCAGAAUGUUCAGAGAUUGUGAGUUCACCUAAUUUCCAGUCCUGUAAUAUGAUUUUGACUGCUGCGGGCAGACUUCCAUGCAAACAUAUUCUCCAUCUCAUGGUACCAAGUAACCCCAAUGCUAUUAUGGAUAGUGUCAAUGAGGUUCUCACAUUUUGUGAGAAGAGAAAAUUGACCUCCAUCACCUUUCCAGCUCUUGGCACAGGCCAAGGUGGAGCAAAAGCAUCAGAAGUGGCUGAUGCUAUGAUUGAAGCCAUAGUGAGCUUUGUGAAGAAGACCAAGAGUCAACAUAUACAGUGUGUGAAGAUCCUCAUCUUCCAAACUAACAUGGUUCCAAUGUUCCACACAAGUGUGCUGACACGACAGGCAAAAGGAGGGGAAGAUGACAAGGGCUUUUUUCAUAAAGUGAAAGAUGCAUUUGUAGGUUUUUUUUCACCUGGUCAAUCCGAAGAGCAGGUACAUGCUGAUGAGGAGUUUGUGAUGGUGGGUGAGGAGUUUGAACCUGCCAUAUUCCAGCUCUGUGGAGAAACGUCACAGGAGGUCAGCAGAGCCAAAGACUGCGUGACCAGCUUCAUCAUGAAAGAGCAGGCUUCUACUCAGAUCAAGGACCCAUUGAUUAACCGUUUCACCCAAGAGGACACUAAAGAGCUCCAGGAUCUGCAGAGAGAGCUGACCGUCAGCAUCAGAAGGGAGCACAGAAGUGAGGAGUCGGUCAUCUACCUAGAGGGCUUGACUCGUGAUGUGUUCAAGGUCGAAGGACGAAUCAGAGAUAUGAUUCGGAGGGCAGAGAGGAAGGAGACAACCAAACGGGAGGCCUUCAUGAUCAGCACACUGGUAGAAUGGCAGUAUCUGGAUCGGAGCAAUCAACUUGUGUCUUUUGACAUGUAUGCUAAUAGGACUUUAGAGCAGGCCUUCCAGACUAAAACUAGGACCGUGAAAAUCAAAAUUGGCAGAGAUGAAUAUGAAGCCGACGUGUCAGGCAGAAAAGCCUCAAAGCCUGGAAGGAAUGAUGUAGAACUCAAACGAGUUGAUCGAAAAGUUUCAGGUGAUUCAUCACUGAGCCUACCUACCCAUUGGGAUGACAUGAAAGGCAACUUUGCUCAGAUCUCACUUACUGCAGGCAGCAAUGAAUACCAGGACGUCGAGAAUGAGUUUAGGACAACUGGCCUAGCAUUAGCAAUAAACAAGAUUGAGAGAGUACAAAAUGCUGCGCUGUGGAAGAACUACAUGAUUAGAAAAGCAGAAUUGGAUCAGAAGAACAACCACACAAACAAUGAGAAAAGGCUUUGGCAUGGCACCCUUGCAGAUAAGAUAGACCACAUCAACAAACAUGGGUUUAACCGCAGCUAUGCCGGGAGUCAAGUUGGUACUAUGUAUGGAAAGGGGUCCUAUUUUGCUGUUGACCCCAAAUACUCCGCCAAUAGCUAUGCCCCGGCUGAUGUAAGUGGACACAGGCGCAUGUACCUGGCAAGGGUUCUGGUUGGCGACUACGCUCAAGGAGCAAGGACCAUGAUAACACCUCCCGCCAAGGGUACAGGAACAGCUGACUUGUAUGAUAGCGUCACAGACAACAUGACACAGCCCACCAUGUUUGUAGUCUUUCAUGAUGUCCAGGCCUAUCCUGAGUACAUUGUCACUUUUCAGUAAGAAAUGAGUCUGUCUGCAUGUUCACAUUAUUCUGUAUUUUGAUCAUAAAGAGCACUUAAACAAACUUAAAUUACAUACAAAUGAAUAUAAGGUGAAUUUGGAAUAAUAAUAUAUUAUUUUUAGAAAUGAAUAAACUGGGUUUGGUACCUGUGUUAGCUUUCCGGCUUCUGUUUCCAGAACCAGGUGAUAAUGUUUAGAAGAGUGAAAAGAUGGCCUCCAGACAUUUAAAUUCCAAGCCAGACAGUCAUAACCAUCACUCAUCGUUCUUACUAGUAACUCAUUUUGAAGUUCCCUAGUAUCUUUCGGAUGCACUUUUAGCAAUCCUAAAACAUUGUUUUAUACUGUAAACUCUUGCUGUAAAAAAGUCAUAGCCGUGGAGCUGACAUUGGGAGGUGCCAAACAUGCCAAGGGGUCUAGUUAAGUUGUAUUGUACUUAAGUUUUAACACAUGUACAUAAACUGGCCACUACAGGUAGUGUGUAGUCAUAUUGCACCUUUUUUUUGUGCUUUGCCUUUUUUCAUUGGAGGCUUGUUGUAGGUAAAUAUGGGAAUCAAUGAAGUGCAACAUUAAAUAUGAUCACAUAAACAGGAAUCCACACAUUUAAUCCAAAGUCACAUAUUGUGGCCAACCGUACAUUUGGAUGGGUUCAUUUCCUCCUUUUGUUCAGUUAAGAAUAUAUUACUUUGCUAAUGAUUAUUUUAGACAUUGGUGCAUGAUUGUUAUUUCAUUUUAUUAUUAUUUUUUUAAUCAAUAUAGGCCUACCGGGGGCAUUCCUUCUUGUGGUAGAGGCUGUAACCAGUCCUUUAUUAUUUUAUCAUAGCACCAUCUAGUGGUAAGUGUUUGUACAUUUCAUGUGCACAGAGAUUAAAACUUCAUAUUUUAUAGAAUUUAUACUACAGUACAAUACAGCAACAUAACAACAUUAAAAAAAAAAAGAUCAGCUAAAGAAGCUUUUAUUUGCUUACAGUUAAAAUAUGUGUACUUGUUGUAUAGGUCUUAAAAAUAUUAAAUUAAUAACUGAGAUAUGCCCUGCAUCCAUCUUUGCUGUGCUACUUGUACUCAACCAACAGAGCUCUCACAUACAGAUGUUUGUGUCAUGGUUAUUUUGCUCUUGAUUUUGAUUAAAAUGUGCAGUUAGCUUAUUCCAGUGAAUAAAUGCAUGAAUAAAUUAAAAGCUGUGUUGAUAUAUUUUCCGCUGUUUAAGUAUGAGAACUGCCAUAGACCAGCUUGCCACUGAGGAACUGUUUUAUUGUCAAGAGCAAGUACUAGUGUAAUGAUAUGUUGAUGACAUGUGCACCUUUUUCAAUACAAUAUAUAGGCCUGUAGAGGCCAGCUCGGAACAGCAACAUGAAAGGGAGGUGGACAACAGUGGGUUGGUCAACCAAAAUAUAUUAAUUUCAAUAUCAUUAAUUAGUCACAUUGUGUAUAAGCCGCAGUUUUAUGCAAGUUAAAAGAAACAAAACCAUAUUAAUACCUUAACUGUCCCUGUGUAAUGUGUAUUAGCCUCAUAGCUGAAGAAAAUUGCAAAAUCAUAUUAUAAGCCAAGGAAGUUGGGAAAUUGUGGUAGCCUAAUUAAAAAAUAAUAAAGAUCUGCAGUCAAAAACAUGUUGAGGGGAAAAAAAGACUGUAUGGAAGAGUGUGGAUAUAAUACAAACAUAUUAAGAAAGAUGAGUAAAAGUUAAAGGUGCCUGUGAGAGAGUGCCUUCCAAAGCAUGUGCCUGAGCCAGAUGUGACCCAGGAGAGAAACAUGCUCUUACAGUCCAACCCAUCAACCCAGGCAUGUG